GUGUCUCCGGAGCAGGUGAUCCUGUCCCACAGCCCCCUCCGGCUCUUCAGCCACUUCCACCAGAAGUGCAUGCUGGUGGACGGGCAGGGGCCUGUGGAGGAGAAUGCCCUGAACCUGGGAUUCAAGCAUGUGGUCACCAUAGAGGCACUGAGGAAGGCAUAUCCUCUGUUAGACAUGGUGGAUCAGAGCCGCAGGCCAAAAGAGCUGCCACCUCCAGCCACUGGCUUCCCCACUAUAGAAGGGGUGAUUCUGUUUGGUGAGCCAGUGAGGUGGGAGACAAGUCUGCAACUUAUUAUUGAUGUACUCCUGAGCAACGGGAACCCUGAGGCAGAGCUGCAAAAUAUACCAUACCCCCAUCUGCCCAUCCUUGCCUGCAACAUGGAUCUCCUGUGGAUGGCCGAAGCCAAGAUGCCUAGGUUUGGCCAUGGCACUUUCCUUCUCUGCUUGGAGACCAUCUACAAGAAAGUGACAGGCCGGGAGCUGAAGUAUGAGGCCUUGAUUGGCAAACCCAGCACAGUCACCUACUGCUAUGCCGAAUACUUGAUAAAACAGCAGGCAGAGAAACAGGGCUGGAAGGCUCCCAUCCGACGCCUCUAUGCAGUUGGGGAUAACCCUAUGUCUGAUGUCUAUGGGGCAAACCUCUACAACAGCUACCUCAAGUCAGCUCACCAGAACCAGGUCCAGACUGGAGAGAAGAGGAGCCCACAGCCAGCCAGUCCCCAAACUGAGGAUCACUUGGAGCUGGGGAAGGACUGCAACAAUUCUGUGGAGAGUUGCGAGUCGAUUCUGGUCUGCACUGGGGUCUACCGCCACAAUGCGGAUGUUCCCAGUAAAAUGAAGGGGUGCACACCAGAGACCGUGUUUCACGGCCAUCGAGACUUCUGCUUUGACCCAAGCCUGGUGGAGGCAAGUAACAUAGUGCAGGAUGUUAAUGAUGCCGUGCAACUUGUUUUCAAGAAGGAGAACUGGAGCUAG